AACACCUGGCAACAUUAUCGUGUCCGGUGACGUAAAGAUGAAGAGAUGUUUUAUUUAAUUUGUUAAGUUCGUGCAUAAAAUUAAUUGUACUUACGUGUAUUAUGAAUUAAAUCCAACUAGUCCACUACAGUGUCUAGUGACUAGUUAACAUUCAGUCUGUGUUUUAUCAUUUUAAGUAACAUUCCAAGUUAUAACCUGAAAGUUUAUGUUAAUAUUUUGAUCGUUCUUUCCUGAAUUAUAUUUGCAAUUAAAAUGGAAAGCGACAAAAAGGAUAUUAUUCGUGUGGGCUCAAGGAAGAGCGAGCUGGCACUUAUACAGACAAACUUUGUUAUUGACAGCCUCAAGAAGUUAUACCCGGAAAAGGAAUUUUCAAUAGUAUCAAUGACAACCCUCGGAGACAGAAUCCUCGACAUCUCUCUACCGAAGAUCGGAGAGAAGUCUCUCUUCACUAAAGACCUGGAGGAGGCGUUGGCCAACAACUCUGUAGACUUCGUGGUUCACUCACUGAAGGAUCUGCCCACGGCGCUGCCACCGGGGCUGGCUAUUGGGGCUGUGUUUGAGAGAGAAGACCCUAGAGAUGCAUUAGUGCUGAGCGAAAAGUAUAAGGACCAUACUUUAGCGACACUGCCCGAGGGUUCAGUUAUAGGAACCUCCUCGCUGCGCCGCACCGCUCAGCUCCGCUCCGCUCACCCACAUCUCAAGGUCUGCGAUGUGCGCGGGAACCUCAACACUAGGUUGAGGAAGUUAGAUGCUGAAGAUGGAAUGUUUGCAGCUCUGUUACUGGCUCAUUCUGGGCUGUUGAGGAUGAAUUGGGGGGAGAGGGCGAGUAAGAUACUAUCCUGCUCCGAAAUGAUGUACGCGGUCGGGCAAGGCGCCCUAGCCGUAGAAUGCAGAGCGGACAACACACACAUACUAUCGUUGUUGGCACCUUUGAACCACGCGGGCACUUACUGCGCUGCGCUGGCUGAACGCAGCUUUCUAGCCACCCUAGGCGGUGGUUGCAGUGCCCCAGUGGGUGUCUCCACUAAACUCAAACCUUUUGGAGCAGAAUACAAACUAACCAUAUCCGGAGCAGUAUGGAGCUUGGACGGCAAAACCAAAAUCAUAGACAAAGUGGAAGAAACAUACCCUCAAAUACACAAAUCAACUAAACACCGUUUAAGUCCUGACGAAGAGAGUGACUGUAAAAAGUUUAAACCUGAUGAGGCUAAAGAUAGUCAGGUUAAUCCUAUAGAAGAAUUGAAUAAGAAGAUUUCAGCAGGUGAAGUUAAAAGUUGUGAAGAUGUAAGUACAGUUGAUGCUAAAAAAGUUAGGUUGUUUUCUGGUAUGACAGAAAACGCUAAUGUCCCAAUAGAUGUGAUAGUCAAAGCCGAUGAGUUAGGCAGGACUUUAGCUAAGAAUUUGAUUAGCAAAGGAGCUUUAGAGGUUAUGAAGGUAACUCAGGAUUAUAUCAGAAGUUCUGUUGGGGAUAAAUCGUCCUGAUAUUGUUGUGGUUGGUGCGUUAGGUUAGGUUAUUGGGACCUGUUGAAUAGUUGUAGGUUAUUUUCCGUUGGUAGUUGAUAUAAGGGGUGUUGCGAAAGUUUUAAAGUAAGCCCAAAGGGGGUCUGGAUAACUCAACUUGUCGUUCUGAAAGAAUUAUUUUGGAAAAUCCUUUAAAAUAUGUACCAACUUGCGAUGUACAGUAAAAAAGACCAAACAAUUUUGAACUAAACAUUUUUUUUUGUGAAUCUUCAAAUUGUCUAGCUAGAACAAUAUUUCUUCAGAAUUAUUUUCUGAGUCACUCUUCGGCUUACCGUUUUUUUAACACCCUGUAUUUAAUUUAUAUACUUAUGUAUUGUUUUGUACAACUUGAGUACCUCAAACCGUUAUGUUGUAGUACUUAAAAUUAUUUAUAAACAUAAUUUAUGACAUCCAUGACUUACUUUCAGUAAGUGUAUCUAUACAUAGAUUAUGGGCAGUUUUGUGAAUAUUUAUGUAGGUACAAUACAGACUUGUAAGAGCGAACAGUUAUAGGUGGAUUGUUAUUGAACUGGGUUUUAAAAUUGUGAUCAAAAUACUGUUACUUAUUGUUAUUCAGAAUUUUGAAUAAAAUUUGUAAGUACAUAAAUAGUUAAAACUGAUUUUGUAAUAUUUUAAGAAGAAAUAAUAAUGUUAGGUGUACUUUUAACUAGCAUUUUUAUAUACAUGUGUGAGGUAAGUAUCUCUGUGAGGUAUGUAUAAAAUUUAGCUAAAAUGACCGAUGCAAUAUAAAUUUUACAUGUUAUAACUUACCUACCUAGUUUUGUAUAAGUAGGUA